UGGGGAAAUACCACCACCACCACCAUCUUCAUCCUCAUUAUUCUUUCCCCCGCAAAAAUCCCGUUCACACGCGCAUGGAGGAACGCGAUGAAUUCAGGGCGGUGAAAAUCGGUGCGCUACCUCUGAAGGCGUGGACGGCGUAUUAUGCACAUUCUUUUUAUUAGUGUUAAUGGUCUUAUUUAAUACCGUCUCAUUUCCGAAGAUCUGAAUCAUGUAUUAACCCUUUGCGAAACUGGAUCAUACAUGUCGUGGUCAAUGAAAAUCAUCGGUUAAUUCUUAUGGAUUAACAUAUCUGAAUUCAACCGGAGCCAAACCGCUCCUCUCUCCUCCCCUCUCCGUUUUUCUCUCCACCUCUCCCUCCCCUAUGCUCAGUUCGGUGUGUGUCUCCUCAUUCAAAGGGCGCAAGGGUGGCAACCAGACGUCCAACAAAGCAUGUUACAGCGCCGACAUGACUUGCCCGUCGGAAAGCGAGAAAAUCGUCAUCAACUGCGGCGGCGUACGGCACGAGACGUACCGGAGCACCCUGAAGACGCUGCCCGGUACGCGCCUGUCGUGGCUCACUGAGCCCGACGCCUUCAGCAACUUCGACUACGACCCGAAGUCCGACGAGUUCUUCUUCGACCGACACCCGUCCGUCUUCUCGUUCAUCCUCAACUACUACCGCACGGGCAAGUUGCACUGUCCCAACGACGUGUGCGGGCCGCUGUUCGAGGAGGAGCUUGCCUUCUGGGGCAUCGAUGAGACGGACGUGGAGGCAUGCUGCUGGAUGAACUACCGACAGCACCGGGACGCGGAGGAGGCGCUGGACAGCUUCGAGACGCCCGAGCCGGAGGUUCCGGAGGAUGACCCAGCGGCGCUCGCUGGGGACGGGGAUUUGAAGCGGCUCUGCUUGCAGGAGGACGGGAGGAAAGUUGGUUGGUGGCGCGUUUGGCGACCCAGAAUCUGGGCGCUCUUUGAAGACCCUUAUUCCUCCAAAUACGCACGGUAUGUGGCGUUUGGAUCCCUUCUGUUCAUCCUUAUUUCCAUUUCCACUUUUUGCAUGGAGACACAUGAAGCUUUCAACACCAUCUACAACAGAACUGAGAAUGUUACAGAGGGGAACGUUACGAGGGAGGAGAUCGUAUACGAAGUGGUCACGGACAGUUGGUUGAUGUAUGUUGAGGGAAUGUGCGUGAUUUGGUUUACCAUCGAGGUUUUCACACGUGUCGUCUUCUGUCCCGACAAAGUUGAGUUCUUCAAGAGCGCAUUGAACAUCAUCGAUUUCGUUGCCAUCUUGCCCUUCUACCUAGAGGUUGGUCUGAGUGGGCUCUCCUCCAAAGCGGCGAAAGACGUCCUGGGAUUCCUACGCGUGGUGCGGUUCGUCCGGAUUCUGCGUAUCUUCAAGCUGACGCGUCACUUUGUGGGCCUGCGCGUUCUCGGACACACGCUUCGCGCCAGCACCAACGAGUUCCUCCUCCUCAUCAUCUUCCUUGCGCUUGGAGUCCUCAUCUUUGCCACUAUGAUCUACUAUGCCGAGAGGAUAGGAGCGAGUCCAGACGACCCUACGGCAAGCAACCACACCAAUUUCAAAAACAUCCCCAUUGGUUUCUGGUGGGCUGUGGUUACCAUGACUACCCUGGGCUAUGGAGAUAUGUACCCGGAGACUUGGUCGGGCAUGCUGGUGGGGGCGCUGUGUGCCCUGGCGGGCGUACUGACUAUUGCCAUGCCAGUGCCUGUGAUUGUCAAUAACUUCGGCAUGUAUUACUCUCUUGCCAUGGCCAAGCAGAAGCUGCCCAAAAAGAAAAAUAAACAUAUCCCAAGAGCACCGCAACCCGGGUCGCCCAAUUACUGCAAGCCGGAUGCACUCGCCAUGGCAACGGCUUCGCCCCAGAGGAUCCUGGGUAACGUGCUGGGCGGUGUGCUGGUAUCUAGCGGCCUGACGGGAGACUGCCCACUAGCUCAGGAGGAAAUUAUUGAAAUUAACAGAGACUCGAAGCAGAAUGGUGAUGCAGCGAGUGCUGCUCUAGCAAACGAGGACUGUCCAACAAUUGAUCAGGUUCUCAGUCCAGACGAGCGAAGCCCAAUGGGCCGAACCCGAGAGCGCUACCAGCAGGACAGAGCCUGCUUCCUCCUCAACACACGAGAGUUCCGACCCGCUGAUGGAAAUGUGCGGAAAGGUUGUGUCAUAUCCCGCGUUUUGUUAAGUUUCUAGCAUUUGGCAAUUCUUUUAAGGAGACACAGUUUGUCACUGAAUCCUGAAGAUUUUGGCGAUGGGGCCAUAUCAUCCACGCGGGACAUGUGAGGAAUUUCGGAGUGGCAAGAAGACUGCAUGGGGGAAAACCCCCCAAAGAAAAUCGGAAAUUUCCGGGGGGCCGGAUCUUCACACGGUAACCAAAGCAACCUCACAGAAAAUCCCGGAUCACUCCUCUUUAUACAGACUGACUUAACUGAACAUUGCACUGACACCUAGAAAGAGAAAAAUGACUCUUUAAGGAACGAAAGGAAAACAUUCCAUUGUUUUUUGUCUGGCGUUCAAGAUCAAAACACCAGAUGUUUUGACUGUCACACUGAUCUGGGCCCUGAGUUUCUGUAUAUUAAUCUAUAUAUAAGAAUGAAGGACCAAGAUAUUAGAAUAAUUAUGUAGCAUUUCUGCUAAGACCCUGUAGCAUUUCUUGGCUGGGAGAACUCUCCAAAAAAACUUUCUAGAGACUGAUAUUCAUCGACAGUUUGCACAGAAUGACUAAAAAAGGCUUAGUCAUGCACAAUUAUUUUCUUGUUUUUACCACGCAGCAUUUUAGCAGCAAAAUGUGUCGUUUGUACAUUGCCGUGUGGUAGUUUCCAUACCCUGUCUGAGAAAAGUCUGAGUCUUAGAGUAGCUUUUAUUUUUGAAUGAAUCUAACGCACUGCAAAAGUGAAACACAAUUCUUCCAAUUUUUUUCCUCGAGUUCAGGGGAGGCAACAUCAAAAACCCAGUCCCAACAGACCAAAGGCCAUUUUCUGUGACCAAAUAAUGUACAAAGCUAAAAGGGCACAAAAUAGCUGCAGAUUAUCCCUGUCAGAUCUUAACUGUCUGUCAAAUUCUACCCAUCAAGCCAGUGAGUUUGUCUUGUCCCUUUAAAUGCGAACAGAUUGGAUAUACUGCCAGGGGUGCUUUAAUUUCAAAAGAACCCUGUUGUUUUGCCGGGCAUUGCCCCAAAACCCCCAAACUGAGGAGUUUAUAGAAUUCAAAUUUUUGCAAUGGCCUAUCUUGUUACUGAAUAUAGAGAUUUAUUUUGUAUUUUUGCUUUUGAUUUAGAUUUUUUUUGUAAUUUAGUAGAGCUUAUGCUGCCAUAGAUAAUAUACAGUACAUGCACACAUUAGCGUGCUUGGACCAAUAACAAACACAAGUUUGUUUACUUUUCUUUGAAAGAGGGUAUAAAGGUCAGGGAAAUGCAGAGACAUUCUUAAAAUGUUCCCUUUUAAAAAGAAAUAUUUAAAAAAAACGUCUAUGUAAGACUUGUCUAAAACUGCCUUCAAAGUUUCCCUCCAUUUUCGUCCCAAGUUUCCCUCCACUUUCUCCUAUUGGCUGGAUGUCUCUUGAGUGUUGCUCCUUCUUAACCAGUCAGAGGGAGCAUUCUAGGAGGUGUCACCAGGCAAAUCAAGAAGAAUAAAUGUACAAAACAAAAGAACAAAUUUAUAUUUUGAUAAGCUUCACCAGGAAUGCAACGCCACAGAUGUAUGUUUGAAUGCAACUGUAAAAGUGCAACAAAUGCAAUUCCAACCACACUAGAAACAGCCACACAAAGAACUUGAACAACACACACACACAAAAAAAGAGGGAACAAAGAAAAUUCGCUCUCUUGGAGGGAGGGCGUAAACGGAAAUGCGUUUCAUCAAACGCGUUUUUUUCCCCUCUUAGACUGAACUGUGAGAAAAUGUAUGUCAAAAUAUGAAAAAAGAAAAACAAAUGGGAAAAAACCAACAACUUGGAAAGAAAAAAAAAUUUAAAAAUGCAUUUUUGUAACUUUGUUUACCAGCAUGAAAACUUUGCAUGACUGUAUUUUCUGCGAGCCCUUAGUUGAAGUGAGGAGGGCUAAAAUAGUAAUAAAAAAGAUAUUAAUAAUAAAGAUGUUGAUAAAUAGAAAAAAACAUGAUAUGCAAUGGAUAUUUAAGAAAAUAAUAUAUUUAAAAGAGCUAUAUUUUGUUUUGAAAUAGGAAGAAAAUGUGAAUAAAUUCUGACUGCGAGCUACACAAUGAACUGUUCUAUUAGUUUAAAAGGAUAGUUCACCCAAAAAUUAAAAUUCUGUCAUCAUUUACUUGACCUCACGUUGUUCCAAACUUUACUUUCUUUCUUCCAUGGAAUACAAAAGGAGAUGUUAGGCAGAAUGUAAGUGUCAGUCACCAAUUUCUUUCAUUGCAUCAUUUUACCAUACAAUGAAAGUGAAGAAAAGAAAGAAAGGAAAAUGAAAGGCAUUCAGGUUUGGAACAACAUGUGGGUGAAUUAAAUAAAUUCUAACCGAAAUUUCAUUUUGGGGUGAACUAUCCCUUUAAGAUAAAAAAACAAAAACAAAUCUAAAUGCCAUCAAAAUAUGUUCUGCUACAUACUGCCCCAUGUACCUUUCUUGUUAAGUUCAAAUGUUUCACUUUUUUUUUCAUUGACUGUUUGACUUGUAUGUUUUGGUAUUCCGAGAGGCUGGACCGUUAACUUACUGUAGUUCUGAAUUGUUCAGCUAAUGUUUGUCUGAAUACAGCAUUAGGUUCCUCUGUAGCCAUGGUAACAACUGUGCUAGAACUCUCUGUAAGCGGGAUAUGGCCUCUUUUCCCGGCAUGCAUAUAUAGGGGCUGAUAGCGUUUCAUUGUCUCGGAGUUCACUUUCUAUCAUUGGCAAUAAUAUGAAUGAUAACCCAGAGAUCUGUUCAAUUGUAGCAAGGCAAAGAGGAGACUCCUAUUUGUCUCGGUGUCUUCCUUAUAGGUACCGUAUGGAAAACUGUUUUUUGUAGAGGCUUUGUGUCUCUAAUCUCAGGUCAACAAGCUCAGUUCCGCACCAGACCUCUGCCUGCCUUUUGCUAUUUCUCACCUCGUCUCUUUUAGUGAUAGUGGUUUCGAGAUACACUCUGGUCAUGUGCAAGCCAACACAGAAUUUAUUAAAGUGCAUAAAUUGCAAAAUAAUUACUAUAUAAUAUAAAUAAAUAGAGAGACUUUUAACAUCCAAAAUAUUACUCACUUUACCUUUAAAUGUUUUGGCGAACUUAAUUAUGCUUUUGACUACCAUUAAGAGUGUAAUACUUUACGCUCUGUUUAACUAAUUUAACUAUGUUUAAAUCCAUUCUGCAGAAUUCAGCAGAUUUCGGCCCAAAAUCAAUGCGGAAAAUGUGAAAAAGAAAAGUCUUGCUAAUGUUUAGUUUCAACUGUAUAUGUUGAUUUGUGUGCUCUCUGCACGCUGUUAAACAUACCAUGAAAAACGCUAAAUUUAGUCAUGCUAAUUUGGUUGUUUGGCUGUGCAGUUUUAUCAGUAGGCUAUCAAAGGUUGUCUCAGGACAAUUUUUAGGCUAAUAGAAAACAUAAUAGUUCUUGUUCCAAAAUGGGGCCUCACGUUUAGCGAGCACUGAGCAAGCACACACUUUAGUAGCAUCUUUAGCAUUGUAGCACUGCAGCUUUCAUAACAUCACUGGCUUAUUUUAGCUAGCAUUUAACAUAAGGCUUUUUAAAAAUAAACCCUCCAUACUGGAAAAUCUUGUUUGAGAUGGAUAUUUAUCAUAGGAAUUAUCUUGGGACACAAUGCUAAAGCUAAACAUUUAGCAUUUAGCUUUUGGCUAGUAGAAAACAUGAUAGUUGAGUUCCUGCUUCAAUUUUGAGCAUCAUGUUUAGCACUGAGCAAGCUAAACAGUUCAGUAGCAUCUUUAUUAUUGUAGCACUGUAGCUUCCAUAAUAACAUCACAGGCUGAUCUAUUAAUAACUACUAAAGCUUUGCUAGCAUUUAGCAAUUAGGACAUUGCCAAAUAAACCCUAUCUACUCGAAAAUCGACUUUAAUCUUAAAUUAAAAUUAAUUUUGGGACAAGUUAGCUUGUUUCUAGCUGGUCUCAGAUGGUCAAAGGUGCUAGACCAACUUGGACUAGCAGAAAACCGGCAACUAUGGCAGCAUGGACCAGCUAGGGACCAGCUAACAUGUUCCAAAACAGCUUUCAGCUUAAUCUGGAUUUUCCAGUAGGGCUGAUAAACUUAUUCAAAAUGUUGCAAUAAUCAUAAGCGAGAUACACAAGUCCUAUGCAAGGUAUUGCUAGCUAUAUAUGAUGGGUAGAUUAAUCAUAUAUGUAGAUGAAUAAUAUUUUCGGUACUUUAAUCACAGAAAUGCUUAUCAUGCGUGAAGCAAAUACGUCAAGGUUCAUGUUGCCAUAUAAUGGUCAUUGCAGAUGUGGUCAUAUACCAAUAUGCUGCAUGAAGAUAUAUGGGUGUUCUAGGAGCUUUAAAGGCAUGGUGUGGUGAAUUAUAGAUGGUCGUAGCCAGUUAGGGUCAACCUAUUAACCUUGAACAAGGUACUUGGAAAAUAAUUGUCUGCUAAUUGACAAUUCAACAGAAAAUGAGGCAAGGACAAAUUAGAAAAGGAAUUUGAGAGAUUGUAAAAGUUUGAGCAGGCAGAGGUCUGGUGUCGUAGCAAAGGUACGGUUUGUGUGAUUCAGUGUCUGCUGAUAUCAUCGGCUUCUGAUAUGUGACCUUUAGGAGAAAGGCAAUAUGAUACAGCAUAUAUUUUCAAAACCUUAGCAAACGAAAACGAGAUGUCUCCAUUGCUGGGUCACUGGGUCCGUUUCCAAUGAAACAUUAUAGCCCAAAUAGGUCUUUGUUUUUUUCAAAGUUGUGCAUAUUUAUAGUUUUAUAAUUAUCGAUUUAUCGAAUGAUUUAUAUUUUAUACAGAGUUUUUGUUGUAGUCCAUUCCUUUGUUCCAUUUCAUAUUUUUAUGACCACCUUGUUGUUGUUCAGUUGUUUAAAAAAAAUAGCCUGCUGGUUUUAUUUUAGAAGGCAUUAAGACCACUUUGGUCCAAGGGUCGCAAAGUGACGCAUAAUAAAUAUUUUAAAGCAUGCUUCCAGCAAAAACACAUCAAUGCAUAUCCACACUGGCAAAAGCCUAGGUGUUUCAUACCAUGAGGCAUUUUGUUUCAUUCCUGAACAUUCAUUUUCUUUUUAAGACAAGUUCAUUCUCUUUUUUUAACAUACUGCCCUUUUGAAAUGAUUUGGAAUGGUAGAUCUGUCUGCAUCUAUUUCUUAUUGUGCAAUUUACUGUGCCUGCUCUUGUAUCCAAUGUCAGUUUGAUCACCGUUUCCUGUGUAUCAAGUUUUAUUUGAUGUACUUGAAUUACAGAUAUGCAAUCACCACCUCUCUGACCACUGCCAAUCACCCGAUCAAUCAACAUGAUCAGUAAUCAAUAUGAUUAAAGUGAUUAACAACC